UAAAAUUUCUCGAAGCAAACUUCUGGUCAAUCUCGUCAGCGAGGAGAGAGCAGGAACGAGAGGACGGUAAACUCAAUCUUUCCGAUGUCGAUGAUGAGAUCCGGCUUGCGAUCUGCCUGUGCUCUUCUUCUCCGUCCGGUGAACGGUGCCGCCGGCAAACCCCUUGCGUUGAACACGAGGCGUUUCGCCUCCUCCGCCCAUGAUGAUGAAUACGAGACGGCGAAGUGGGAGAAGAUAACUUACCUCGGAAUCGCUACCUGCACGAUCCUUUCGAUCUAUCAUCUCUCUAGUGGUCACGAACACCCCCCUGAACCCCCGGCGUACCCCUAUCUGCACAUCCGUAACAAAGAGUUCCCCUGGGGUCCCGAUGGGCUCUUUGAGGUGAAGAAUCAUGAUCAUUAACAUGCAGAAGUUCUGAAAGGUUGACGCACUGUUUGGUAAAUUUUUAUGUGUUAUCCACCAUGGACUGUUUUGGAUCUAUCAUUGUCUUAGCACCGCAAAGUGGUCAAAUAAAAAUAUUUGCUUUUCUGACGUUAUAGUGCUGCUGCUUCCUGCACAAACUAAAAUCUAACGGUUUCGGUAUUUAUAUAUUUUUUUUUCUGCGUAGCAAGAGUGCACACUGCAUUAUUGCAGAUUUUACCAGGCAUCCUAUGGUGUUUUAUCUUUUUUGUUGUUUGACUGAACGCUUGAACUGAGGUAAAAAAAAUACGGUAGCUGUUGUUUGACGAUAAUAAAUGAGCGGCUAUAUUUACUUUGCUGUA